ACAGCAACACACCAUGGUGGAGCCCAUGUUUGAUUAUCAAUUCCGACACAUACUCAUUGGAGACAGUACCGUCGGGAAGUCGUCACUGUUGAAAUAUUUUACCGAUGGCAAAUUUGCAGAACUCUCCGACCCAACGGUAGGGGUCGAUUUCUUUGCCCACCUGAUCGAGGUAAUGGACGGCACCCGGAUCAAGCUGCAACUGUGGGAUACCGCCGGCCAGGAACGAUUUCGCUCCAUCACCAAAUCGUACUACCGCAACUCGGUCGGUGUGUUGCUAGUGUACGACAUUACCAAUCACGCUAGCUUCGAACACAUCCCGCUCUGGAUGAUGGAAGCGAAACGGCACAUCGAACCGCACCGGCCCGUCUUUGCGCUCGUCGGCUGCAAGCUCGAUCUCGUCACGAGCGGUGCGCAGCAGCGCGAGGUAAGCAUCGAAGAGGCGCGCACAUUCGCGGAACAGCACGGGCUGAUCUUUGUGGAAACGUCCGCCCGGUCCGGUAUGAAUGUCCGGGAAGCGUUCACACUCGUCACGCAGGAGGUGUACAAUCGAAUUAAGAGCGGCGAAUAUAAGGUCGAGGACGGGUGGGACGGCAUCAAGAAAGGGUUUAUGCGGCCAAACAAUUUGGAUUUUAAUCUGGUGGUAGCGGAAUCGGCUCGGAGUAGUUGCUGCUAG